AUGAGUAAGGCAGCUGAACGGUUUUGUUCUUUCUUGCCCAACGAUAUGUUGGCGAAAUUCUGCAAAGAUCAAGUCCAAAAGUUUGUUCCGUGGCUGAAUAAUAUGCAUUUUUUGGGUGCUACUCCUGACCUGAUAUGCCAGACCUUACACUUCUGUACAAAUAAAAAAGGAAAGUUUUGUUAUCUGUUCCCACAGAAAACUUUAAAAAAUUAUUACAAACAUCUGCCCAAAUAUGACAAAGAUGGUGAUCUCUACAGUCAGAAUUACACAUUUCGUGGUGCCUACUGGAGAGGCAAAGACUGCAAUGAUUCCAAUGCAAAAAUCCACCCUGGUGUCAAAGCUAUCGACUCUGAUGUUAAUGUGGAUUCCAAUUGUAACGGUAUCUAUGGGACUGAUUCUCAAGGACGUCCUUAUGAAGAUCUUUUCUGCAAGAACACGAAUCAAAGAGGAUUUGCUGUAGUUGGAGACUCAGUGGCUGCUCAUUUACAUAUUCCAGAAGAAUGGUUUGAUGCCAAGAAGCUGUCAAAGGAUGCAUUAAAAGAUGUGGUUCUCUCGUUUGAAGAUGAAUUUGAUUGGCCACAGUUAUCAGGGAUGACAGGUUUCAUGAAUAGCAUUUGGAAGACAAUAAAAGUAAAAACGGAUUCAAUAUAUUUUCGUCUUUGGGAAAGGAACCAUUGCAACCACAGAGACUACCAGAAUAUUGGAAUCAAUGGUAAGCCGUAUAUUAAAAAAAAAGAAGACAUCUUUCAAUCUCCAAAUGUUGACCUGCUUUCUCUCUCUGUCCUUUCUCUCUCUUUCUCUCUGUCCUUGUCUCUCUCUCUCUAUCUCUCUGCCUUUGUCUCUCUUUCUCUGUGUCCUUGUCUCUCUCUCUCUGUCUCUCUGUGUGCCUUUCCAUUUCUCUCUUUGUCUGUCUCUCUCUCUCUUUCUGCCUUUGUCUGUCUGUCUCUCCAUCUUUGCCUUUCUCCCGCUCUGUUUUUCUCUCUGUUUAUUUGUCUGUCUCACUGUGUACCUGUCUCUCCCUCUGUACCUGUCUCUCUCUCUCUGUACCUGUGUGUGUCUCUCUCUCUGUACCUGUCUCUCUCUCUCUCUCUCUGA